AUGGCCGAACAACUUCUCUUCGGCCCUGCCCAGCAAAUCAUUGAGACUUUGGGCUCACUGGUUGCCAAUGAGAUCGCAUUGCUUUGGCGUCUCGAAGAUGAGCUUCAAAGCUUGAUCGACACCGUUUCAAAAAUCCAAGCUGUGCUUCUCAAUGCGGAGGAGAAAAACGCUGCUGGGAACCAUCAAGUCAGAGAUUGGCUCGGAAGGCUAGAAGAUGCCAUGUAUGAUGCGGAUGACUUGCUGGAUGAUGUUUCCACUGACACUCUACAGAAGGAAAUACUGACCCGUGAUAAGACGGCCAAACAGGUAAGCAUUUUCUUUUCUAAAUCAAACCAGCUUUUCUAUCGUCUUAAAAUGGCCCGUAAGAUUAAGGCCAUGAGAGAGAGGGUAGAUUUCAUCUACGCCGAGAGGGACAGAUUGCACUUGGAGGCUGCUAUCCACCGCCUGUUGGACUCCAGCGUUGAAGACAAUGUUUCAAUCCUUCCAAUUGUUGCCAUCGGUGGAUUAGGAAAGACUACUCUCGCUCAACUCAUUUUCAACGAUGACCAAAUCCAAAACCAUUUUGAGCUCCAAAUGUGGGUGUGUGUCUCUGAUCCCUUCCACGUUAAAAAUAUUGUUGAAAAAAUCUUAAAAGAUGCAACAAAGAAUAAACCACAACCCGUUGAAAUGAAUAUGUUGGUAGGUAAACUUAAAGAAAAAAUCGAUGGAAAGAAAUACUUGCUCGUGUUGGAUGACGUGUGGAAUGAGGAUCGUGAAAAUUGGUCUGAAUUGAAAGAAGUGCUGACGGGUGGUGCAAGCGGCAGUAGAAUGUUAGUGACUACAUGCAGUGAAAAGGUUGCAAGGAUUAGCGGGACAGUUGAACCAUAUUUUUUAAAAGGUUUAAAGGAAGACGCGUUAUGGUCUUUAUUGAAGCAACUGGCAUUUGAGAAAGGAAAAGAGCCGGAGGACAAUUCAAGCAUCGCAGCAGUUGGGAGGGAGAUACUAAAAAAGUGUUCUGGUGUCCCGCUGGCCAUAAGGACAAUUGGAAGUGUGCUAAGCUUUAAAAAUUCAGAAGUAGAGUGGUCGUCUUUUAAGCAGAAUGAACUCUCAAAAAUAACUAAGAAUGAAAAUGACAUUGUACCAACUCUGAAGCUGAGUUAUAAUCAUCUUCCUUCACAUUCGAAGCACUGUUUUACUUAUUGUAGUUUUUUUUCGAAAGAUCACUGGUUUGAUAAAUCAGGAUUGAUUCAGCUCUGGAAGGCACAAUGGUUUGUCAAGUCAUGUGAUGAUCAAAACUGA